GCCGGGAAUCUGUGUUAGAUGUAUCUAUCAAAAUAACAAAAAAUUACUUUGACUGUGUAUAAAAGUCGCUUUUCUUAGAAACUGAACACUGUAAUCUUUAUUGUAAAAUCACGCGCAAGUUCGUCAUUUCUCACUUGAAUAUCGUCUUUGGAUUGUAUCUUGACAUUGUUAAAGAAGAGCAGAGCCUUCCGUAAAGAACUCCUAUAUUGACGCUUUACUGAAAAAGAAAAUACGUAAAUGAUGUACAUAUUACUGCGCUAGAUAUAACUCUCUGCAGAGAUAUUGGACAAUACCAUUGCAGCAAAAUGGACAGACGGAAAACGAUCAAAGCUAUAUAAAGACAUUUGUCGAUAUAUAUUUUUCACCAUGAUGGAUGUGAGAACAUAAACAGUUCAAAUUUCUUACUGCGUUAUUUGAUAAUUCACCACAUGUUGCGUAAACGGAAUUCUGUUUUUCAGAAUGAUUGCUUUUUAAUCUGAAUAAGGACGAUAUCAUAUUGGAUUUCUAGAACAGGAACUAUUUAAGAAAGCAGAUGUUCAGUUGUUCAGUAUUUCCUGUAAGGGAUAUGAGACAGACUGAACCGAUAAAGUUGACAAGACUGCGUUGAAUAACUAUAAAAGCAGACGAGAAAUCGUUAUAAGAUUAAAAUUCGCCGUUUUCUUUGAUUUUUGUUGUCUAUACAUAUUGUUUUUUUACGGGAAUUUCUGGAUGUAUUACCAAGGACUUAAGAAAAGGCAGUACCUGACAUAUACACGAGAUGAAUGAUACGAAUUUCACAAAUAGUUCAUUUCCACCACUCGCAGCAGCCGGAGGUGCAAACUUAAAGAUGCAAGUUCAAUAUGUGCUGUAUGUGUACGUGCUGCCAUUCAUUGUCUUUGUUGGGCUGAUUGGCAACUUCAUAUCUAUUGUUGUCAUAGUAGCGGACAGGCAAAUGAGAAAUGUGUCCUCAAGCAUUUACUUGAUGUCAGUUCUUGCCGCGGACACGGGGAUGUUGCUCGGUCUUUUCCUUGUCUGGCUGGAGUCUCUAGGCUACCCAAUCAACCAUUUACCAGUGGUGUGUAGAGUCAAUGUGUACCUGUCAUAUGUUUUUGGAUUCCUUUCAAUAUGGUACGUCGUUUGUAUUACGGUGGAGACUUUCAUCACAAUAUGUCAUCCUACCAAAAUAAAGCAGAUGUGCACAUUAUUUCGUGCAAGAGCGGUUGCUUUAGUACUCUUCAUCACAGCCUUGGUUUUGUAUGUUAUGUCUCCAAUUAUUACGCAGGUACAGCCGGUGACGUAUCAUAGCAUAAACCGUACAUUCUACCAGUGCAAAACACUAGAUAAAUACCAACAACACGAGAAGAUAGUCUCCUAUGUCGACACCGUUUUGACACUUCUUGUUCCCAUGAUUUUAUUGAUCAUACUUCUCACUUUAAUGACUUUGUCAAUCAUUCAAUCAAUUCAAAAGAAGCAACAAAGAAGUAUCAAGCGAAAUAUUGAAAACGGAAACGACAAAGGGGGAAGUUUUACAAGAAAGUUGCCCCAAGUAAGGGUAGCGAAAAUGUUGUAUAUACUAUCAGUAAGUGUGGUAGUUCUGAAUGCGCCAAGCCACGUUCUACGGCUAAAAUUCAUGUUUUCACAAACACAAAGUUUGGGCGAGGCAGAAGGCCUUCUACAUCUGAUAUUGUUGUUUAUCAGCUAUACGUCGUUCUCUGUGAAGUUCUUCAUUUGCAUUGCGUGUAGCAAAAACUUUCGAAAAUUGUUUUUGAACAGUUGCUGUAGAUACGGGAAACUAAAGUACCGCAGUGUACCACAACAGACAAUGGAAACUGCCGCUUAAAGUUAUUGAUUGUAGAUAUUUUCUUCCAACCAAUAUCACCAAUGUCAUCUGGAAGAAGUUUGAUAUCUAACAGUUACUGAAAUCAUACUAUCCCGUACUACGUGACAUACAGUCUAAAUUAUAAACAUGUUGUCAGUUAUCGAAUAUGUUAAUAUCCUAUCCAUAAGUUAACACUCUGAGAGCGAGUGUGAGUGUGAAAUCAUAUUGUGUCAUACGCAUUUUAAAGAUUAACUUCGUUAACAUCUGUGACAAAUCGUUUAUCAUUAUGUUUUACUGUUUGAAUGUGGACACAUUGUGUGUACUAUUUUCAGUGCCGUUAGAAAAAGGUGUAACAUUCACUAUAAAACGUCUGUCAGAACCGUUGGUCUACUUCUAAAGUUUGAAUUAUCGGUGUUCGAAUUUUCCGGUGUCGAACAUUAUACUUUGUAAAGGGAUUUUGCUGGGACUGGACGAUGCGUUCGAGCGAAGGGUGUUGUUUAAAUUAUCCGAGAUCGAGUAAACGAAGUUCGACUGAAUUAUUUUUUAAGUUCUAAACUUGUUAACUCUCUUGCAUCUUUCAUCAAUAGUCUUUUUUUUUUCUUUUGUUUUCCAUGAAUAGUUAAAAAUUAGAUAUACAUUACAAGGUUUAUUGUUGUGUUCAAUACACCUUUUUGUUUUGAUUUUGUUGUGUGGAACACCACAUGAACACUUUUGUAGAUCAUAUGGCGGCAUUGUAGCUUUUCAUGGGAAAGAAAGGUUCUAGUUCCCUUCCGGGCAAAAUUUCGGAACGGGUGAGCUCCUAGGUAGAACCGUCGGCAGUCCGUAAGCCGGCUGAACGGGUUCCUUACGUGAAAGAAAUCUACACAAGCCUAGUUUAGAAAUAAAAGCAGUGAGGGGCAAGUGAUACGAUACCAGCGGUCAUAACCACUCGAAUACGGACGCCCUCACACUUGGUAGAAUGUGGAAACCAGUAAUUUUUGGCUUGUAUUUAUCAAUUUACAUGUAUUUAUUGCAUCAUCAUGAGAUGAUAUUCCGUAAGAAAUGUAUUUUAUGGACUGUAUCACUGACGUCAUGUAACUUUGUUAUGGAAGUGAUAUUACGCUACGUGUUAUAGUUUUAUGUUUGUAUCAUUGCAGUAUUGACGAUAUUGUUAAUACAUGAAAGGUAUUAUUUGUUUAAUUUAAAUACCUUUGUAAUUGCGUGCUAUAUAGUAUUGUCUGCAAAUUACUGACAUAAUAUCGACAUAAGAUACAAACUAUGAAUCUGCAAAACAAAAGGUAAGAACAAGAAAGAUAACUCUAUUCAUUAAAAACAUUUUUCAACUACUAUACAUAGCCUUACUCUGUUAUUAUAGUUAAUGCUCAUGCAAGCUAUAGCCAAAGAAUUAAUUCUCAAGAAUUGAUUAUCGAAAACUUGUGUUUUACGUUUUAAAUGCAAUGGUAUAAAUAUAAGAAAAAAUGUUUGAAUAAGGACUUCCGUUAUUUUAUAUGUCCGUUUCACUGUCAGUCAGAUAGCACAUUCCCUACCUGGGACGCUAAACAUAUAUCCACAUUGUUUGAAGACACUUGCUGCAGUUUCUUGUAUAAGGGACGGGGCAAACAUUUCCCAAUAAUAGAGUUUGUUCAAACUUUGUAUAUGAACACAGUUUCAUGUUAGAAACAGAAAAAUGCAAAAUUAAACAUGGGUCACCGUGCUUGUUUAGGAGUUUUCUUUUGCCUUUUUUAAAAACUUUUUUUUUUCAAGUUUGCAUAUGCAAGGGCAGAAACUUUCUGAAAAGCAUUGCCACCUUCGAUUUGUUUUCAUAAUUCUGUUUCUAACAUGACACUGUGUUCAUAUACAAUGUUUGAACAAAUUCUAUUAUUGGGAACUUGUUUGCCUAAAACUGCAGCAAAAGGUUCUUAAGCCUGUUAAUAUAGAUUUAAUUUUAAUUGCAUUACGAAAGACAUUACUUUAAAUUACAAGUGCAUUUUAUCAAUUGGAAAAUAAACUCUAGUAAAAAUAAACCUGGUGUCAUAUCAUCAGUUUUACCAUGUUAUGUACUAGUUUUCGUGAUAUUUUUCUGUGUAUUUUCAUGGAAUUAUGUUGGGUGAAGUUGCAAGUCGUUUCUUAACUUUGCUGUACAUGUAUAUAAUUUUUGUUGUUUUCAUUAUCUCUAGUAGUUCCUAUGGUUGUUUUAAGAUAAUAAUCAUUAUGAAGGAGAUAUGUGAUAACAUAUUAUGGAUAUAUUUUGUCUUUUGCAUGUUUUGAUUAUACGUAAGUUGAUUAAACGAUUAUUUUCCUUUAGGUGACAGUGUUAGUUACUGCUUUAAUGUGUCUACUUAUACACAUGAUGGUUUGAUCGGCUACCCAUAAUGGAGCGAUUAUUAGAAUAGUGGGACAAAGUUUUUAGUGAUUUUAGAGUAGCACAAUGUGAUGUUAUUUAGUACAAAUUCUUAAUUGUAUUGACGAGUACCCGGCUGUACUAACUAUACUUUGACAAGGCGAGUUAAGUAUCUUCCUCAAUACUAUUAAAUUUCCUCUUGUUCUCACACCACAAUAUCUCUGAGUAAAAUAUUCUACCUAACUCGUAAUCAGUGUAUACAUAGCAAAUUGAGUGCUCACAUAUGUUUUAUUGAUAAAAAAGCUUAUGAUUGCUUCCUUUUUUUGUUUUUUGUUUGCUGCAGACGAGCAGUCCGGCAGUGAAAUCUUAUUUUGUAGUCACAUGAUAGAAAACAAAGAAGUCCUUUUGUGGUUUGUUUUAGUAGCUUUUAGAGAACAUUGUCUCAGAAUAGAUUAUACUUACAUCGGUCAAUGUUUCUGUGUUUAUUAGUAGUACAUUGACGUUUCUAAGGUGACAAAUUGAGUAUUAUAGUUAAAAUUUUUUGUUUAUUCAAACGCCAUUCGCAACCUACGAAAGUAUGGCAUAUUAUCUUCAAAAUCGAGCUUGUCCUUCAUUUAAACUCUGUGAACGUCAUAGAUAAGUAAUCUGUUAAUUUUCAUCAAACUUUUUUAAGCUCCUUUAGUAAAUAUGUCGGGUUUUUCUUUAGUAUCUUUUCUUGUGCAUGUUUCCUUAGUACAGUGUACCUUUUGUUUUCCAUGCUAAACACUUCCUAGACAUUGUAAAUAGUAUUCGCCAUAUGCUUCUUGUUAAAAGUUGUUAAAGUAUGCUAAUGUUGAAAACGGAAUAAAGUAUAAACUUUGAA